CUAUUUGAAAAAGCGGUGUAUGCAUUUCUCUCCAUCUAUCCCCUCCUUCAGCCGGCUGCACGCUUGUUGGUACCACUUCUUCCCCUCCCGCCGUAGCCGGCGACGUGCCUGCUAUGGCGAUGUUUACAGCGUAGUCACGGCAACGGCUCAUGUGAUCAGUCGGCGGGCCGUCGUGCACCGGGUAACAGUAGAGGCUCGAGGUAUGUAAGAAUCGAAUUGUGUUUCGUGUCACGCCGUCACUCGUCGCGACCAGUUAGUUUCGAAGUGUUGACAGCUCGCAAUAAUCACAGACAAUUCUGAUUUCGAUGAUACUCGAAGCGCCUGUGCGACUUGUCUGUGCGCGACGUACUUCAAUUCAAUAGCUCGAGUAUCCGGAAUACAGAUGUGCGCGAAUGCAGAACAUGACAUACGAUAUCGUACGUGAGUAAUGUUAGUGCUUUUCUUUCCAACGUAUUGCUGUGAGAGUUAGAACUUCAAAACUAAUAACGUAGUGAUAUACAUAGUGAAUAACGUCCGAUAACUCCGAAAUGGAGCAUGUCGCGAAGAUUGAAACGCCGGCGCCGAUUGACCUUGCCGCGAGGCGCGAAUUUCUCAUCGAACAUCGUUCGCUCGAUUCGCGCGAAACGGUGUGAAACGGAUACAUAACGCGUCUGUUCUGAAUUGUCAUUCCAAAUCAAUACGAAAUUCAGCGCAAAAUGACGCGCCGCAUCAUCGCACACAUGAUUGUGCGCGAAUAUGAUUGAUAGACAAUCAACUUUGAGCAUUUGAGUGUAGUAUUUGAGUGUCGAAAGAAGGGUGUCUCGCGUGAAGUUGUGAGGAAAAACUCGCGGGAAGAUCACGUGAUCGUGCGAUUUGCCAACAGACAGGACGCGGUGUGUUAUGGUACGCGUGUUUUCGUUCGCGAGACGAAAUGGGGACAUUGACGAUGCAGCGGCGUGGCUGGCGGUAAAUUCAGAGGAUAGAUGCGUAGAUCUCGCGGUGGCGGAACAAGAGUGGCCGUGCAAAUUCGUUAGCAGCCCUCAGGCUCGUCCGUCACUCGCCGACGUCGUUGUCGGUGCUGGACACGGUGCUGCUGGCAUGAUGCCACGGGGUUUGCCGACGAGACGUGGUCUGCAGGCGUUAGCGCUCGUCAUCGCUACCGCCUACGCCACGAUUCUCCUCUACCAGGCUGUCGCACCGCGUCAGUGGAUCGACGAGUUAAAUAUGGCGGAAGUAAAUGGCCGAAGUGUAAUAGUGGAAGCACCGGCAUUGAGAAAAAUAAUCAGCGAGGAGGCACCGAUGACGCCACCGGUGGCGACGGCGACGAUGGCACCAUUUGCCACGAAUCUCGACGACGUGUUUAUCAGCGUGAAGACCACCAAACACUAUCAUCAUUCGCGUUUGCCAGCCAUCAUCGAAACGUGGUUUCAAUUUGCCAAGAGUCAGACCUGGUUUUUCACCGAUCGGGAUGACCCGUACUUCCAAAAUCAAACCAACGGCCGCAUGGUCAACACCAAGUGCUCAUCCUCGCACAAUCGGCGGGCUCUUUGCUGCAAGAUGUCCGUGGAAUUCGACAAAUUUCUCGACAGCGGCCGAAAGUGGUUCUGCCACUUCGAUGACGAUAAUUACGUCAACGUGCCGCGCCUGUUGAAGCUGCUGGACAAUUAUAACCCGCGCGAGGAUUGGUAUCUCGGCAAGCCCUCGAUACCUGCGCCCUUGGAGAUCAUCAGGCAGGGUCCGGAGCCGCAGAAACGACCGCAAAAGGUGAAGUUUUGGUUCGCUACUGGCGGUGCUGGAUUUUGCAUCAGUCGAUCAUUGGCAUUAAAGAUGACGCCGGUUGCUGGUGGUGGAAAGUUUAUCACCGUUGGCGAUAAGAUCAGACUGCCAGAUGACGUGACGAUGGGAUAUAUUAUUGAAUAUCUCCUGAAAAAGCAACUCACAGUAGUGGAGCAAUUCCACUCGCAUUUGGAGCCGAUGAAGUUCCUAAACAAGGAUACCUUUCACGAACAGGUCUCUUUUAGUUAUUCCAAGGGACCUCGAGACGAAUGGAACAUCCUGAAGAUUGAUGGUUUUGAUUUGAAGGACGAUCCAAAGAGAUUUAAAUCCAUCCAUUGUCAUCUGUUUCCACAUGUUUCCUACUGCCCGCACAGAUGAUGAAGAUCAUCGCGCGAUCAAUAUACAAAUAGGUCGAAAAACGUACUGAUCUCUAUCUUAGGGAAAGUAUGAGAAGAGAAUGCAAGUCCUUGUAUACAGGACGGAGCAAAGUUUGUUUUCCGAUUGCUUACAGAGGAAAUGUGCGGAGGAUCGAUGUACGGUAAGAAGCAUAACUGAGUCAAUAACAGUAUUUCACGAAAAUUAUAAAAGCGUAUGCGUGGUAGAUAAACGUGCUAGUGAGAUAGCCUUAGCAUAAGAAUGAACAACAACUGCGAAAUCAAAUUUGUUUAAAACUUUCUUUGAUGUAAUGAAUGAAAGAGAAUUGAACGCUAAUGAACAUUCUGUUUGCAUUUGUUGUUUGUUUGUUGUUCGUUCGUUCGUUCAAUGUAUAGGAACUUUAUCUCUAUGUUUUUGGAUAGAAUAAUAGACUUCAUUUUCCAUUUGCGUGUAUUAUUUGUCUAUGUUACAAAAUAUUAAUAAAAUAUGAUUAUAAAAUAUAAUUUAUAGUCAAAGAA